AUGGCGGCCGCCUCAUGUCCGGCCGUCAUCUCUGUUGCGGGAGCCACGGUGGAACUCCCCCCCGAACAGUGGAAGCUGCUCGCUGAUGACAAGCAUCCGUUCACGGCCCGUCUGUUCGACUUUGUCGCAAGCGUGAUUGUCCGGAGGUUUUUGGAGAAAGAGGUGCAUGCGCACGUCAGGAUCGUGACGAGCGAUGUGGUCGCGGACAUCGUCGCGGGUCGCGAUGAGGCGGUCAAGGCCUUUGCCGGUGUGAUGGAGUGCAGCAUGGUUGCUUUCUGCAUCUGGGCCGAGGACUUUUCUGACAAGAAGUGCUCGAACGCGAGCAUGCUCAUUAUGCUUCACCCCGACCACCUGUCGACUGACCGGGACGAGAAUUGGCACACGCGGUGGUUUCAGGGUCGCGUGGACGAGGAGUUUGCUAGCGGCUCCAUUCAGUGCACCCGGUCCAGCCAGCUUAAUGAUCCCAAGCGGCUGUACGAUAUGGGCUCGUGUGGCAACCUCGCUUGUCUGUUCGUGUUCGACAAGAUACUUGCGCAGCUGGACGCGGUUGCUGCCAAUGGAACCGGGCCGCAAUUCUCGAGGCCUACCGCGAAGACUCUGAAUGCACUGCGGCAUGAGGCCCACCAAACCGCCGAAGAGCUCGCGUUCAACUUGAGCGUGGAUUUGCCGCGACCCAAACACGGCGGUGAGGCUGAUGGGGCUGAAACGGGGAACAUGCAGAAAGUAACAACGGGUGCGCGGGUUGCUGACCAUGGUGUUCUCGCUCUCACAGGUGCCGCAGGUGUAUCGAGCCGCGGAGGUGCUCGCGGGGGGACGGUGGUCCACGCUGAUGACGACGGGGCAGAGGAUACCGCGACCAAGGGUGCACCCCGCGAUGAGGCUGACCGCACUGCAGCGGGUGAGGGGGAGGAGUCGAGCGAGGAGGAGGCGGGGGCUCACGUGGUCGCGGCCGGGGCAGCCAACAGGCCCACCACGUCCGGCAAGAGCAUCAGGCACCUCGCGCAGCACUUGGCACCCGGUGCUGGAAGCGCGGGACCGAGUGGUGAGGUCGCGGGCAAGAGUCCCGUGACUGGUGCCCGUGAUCACAAAUCCCUGUCCGCGUUGCCAUCGCACAAGCUAGCAGCCGAGAUCCUGCAGCUCGACUGCAGGCUUGCAGCGCAGGCGGAAGAGAUCGCACGGCUGAAGAAUCGUCAGGAGUCGGUGGCUGGUGGGGUGGCGGUCGUGGGCUCCGAGGAGAUCGCGACCGCGCUUGCUCAUGCGGUGAGGCUGUUGGAGAAGGAGGCGAAGGCGGUCGCGUUCGAAAGGGCGGCGCUGUGCGAUACGCGCAACCAGGAGGCCUUGGUCCUGGGGCGCGUGGACGCGAGGUUGGGUCAGCUGCAGGGGGUGGUGGCAGACUCCCUCGAAACCGCUCAGAAGAAGUUGACCGACGAGGUUGCCCGGAAGAUCGACAACAUGUCGACCGCGUUGUCCGCGACAGCCGAGCGGGCAAUCACAACCAGCGGGGUCACCAACGCGCUGCACACCCUCAUCGCGCUCGUCGGAGGAAGCCCACCCGCGCGCACGGACAAUGGUGAACCAGCCGCGACGGACACCGCCGAGCCCGGGGAUGCUGAGCAUGGAAACGGGCGGCGGAACAAGUGGGGCGCUGCAUCGCGAGGAGCUGUACCGCCUGGUCAACCUGGGUCGAGCUCGCGCUCCAUCCCACCUGGAGAAGCCGCACCCAUUCCACCGGGUCCUGCCGGGGCAGCCGCGACAGUGACAACCGCUGUGGGUAAGGGCAAGGGUAAGGUGGAGGAGGGAGAGGUGCAGGCCGCUGCGGGUUCGCUGGCCGCGAGGCGUGAGGGGCAGUCCGCGGCGGCUGCUGCGGCGGAUGGAAGGCAGACCGCUCUCGCAUCCGCUCUUCCCGCGAUCACCGCGGGACAUCUGCACAGCGCGCUGGCAUCUGCAGGUCCGAGCGCGGCCGCGGGCGAGGCCAAGACGGAAAAACGCAGGCGAGGCAAGAAGUUGCCCCCUCCACCAGUGUACACCAUCGACGAGGACGAUGCGGACAAAGAGCUCGAGAAUCUCGCGAGCCGGUGGGUCGAGGAGGAGGGCGACGGAGGAGAGCAGGGUGUGGUGGACGCGGUCAAACUUCAUAGCGGCGGGGAGAGCGCGGACGAGCAGGACGAAGACCCCGUGGUCGUGCCAAGUGGCCCAACGGGGGGACAGGGUGACACAGUCAGCAAGCGCAAAGGCUGUGGUAUCCGCCAUCCUCCCAGGGGCGGUCCUGGCUUGGUUUCUGAACCGCAUCUGGGGGGGAAAAAGCGGUGGCUUGGACAAGGCGACCGCGACGACCUGCAGUACAAGACCGCAGUCGCGAUGAUGCCGUACGACCUGAAGGUGGAUCCCGGGCUGCACCUCAGCUCUAGGCAGAUGCGGGAGUGGGCCGCGGACCUGUCCGCUGCCGAGGGGCUACACACGGGCCUCCUCAUCACCAUGCAUCACCGCAACCUCGUGGCCAGCAGGGAAAGGUGGACCCGCAUGUUCAAACACUACCGCGAGCUGACCCAGCCCGGGUCGACCACCACCAACGAGAUUGCAUGGGCCGCGGUGGUGGGCACGGAGGCUGCUGCAGAAGUGACGGAGCUCUACCGCGAUGUGGAUCCGAGGGAUUACGCGGGAGCGAUCGCGUGCGCGAUCGCAAUGGUGUGGGAGGUGACGCGCGGUUCAGCGGUCUCGACCGCGUCGGAUUCUGGCAAUUUGGCCGCGCGAGCGGUUAACUGCCAGAGGGAUCGAUGCCGUCUGUUCCCCGUUGUAACCGCGUACGUCAUCAGGGCUAUGCGGAGGCGCAAUUCUCGCGAGGAGCAAGCUGGUGACGACGAGACGAAGGUAGUCGCGGAUCCGAAGGUGGUCGCGGAGACGAUUGCAUCUGAAGUCGUGAACGACGUCGUCGCCAAGUCUCGCGACCUCAGGCACAUUGAGAUGGCUGCUCGCGAAACGGUGGACGUUAUCAUCACCUGGUGCGACUGCUCGGUUGCAGGGAAGGUCAUGGAGGCCAUUGGGCUUUACCUUGUCCUGCCCAAGGAUCGUCCGAAGAAGCGGACUUGA